UCAGCAUUGAGCUUCGACAUCUCAUUACACACAACAAAUUUCUUUCUUUUAGUUUCCAAACACCAAACAUUAAGAUGGCCGUUACUGUCUUUGAACGCAAGAUUGCUUCUGCAAUCCCUGCAGCCAAGAUGUUUAAGGGUCUCGUUGUCGAUGACGACAAUCUUGUUGCUAAAGUCUUUCCAGGGGUCGUUAAGAGCAUGGAGACUGUUCAAGGAAAUGGAGGGAUUGGAACUAUUAAGAAGACUACACUCCACGAAGGUAGCGAAUUGAAGUGGUACAAACAUAAAGUAGACAAAUAUGAUCCACAGAACUAUGUAUACGAAUACAGUAUAUACGAAGGAGAACCAUGGAUUGAUGGAGUAGAGAAAAUCACAUUAGGAAUAGAAAUAGAGGGUUCAGGUGAUGGAGGAUCUGUUGUCCAUGUUAGUUUCAAAACCUAUCCAAAGGGUAAUUAUGCUGCGCUCCUUCAAGGACGCAUUGACUCUGACAAACAAAAGAUCGCAGGAAUGGUUCAGGCUGUUGAACAGUACCUGUUGGCAAAUGCUAAUGCCUACUAAUUCCAUGUAAUUUCCAAAUUUGAAGCAUGUGGGCUAUGGUUGUAUCUUAUGCUUUUUCUGUUUCUUUUUUUUUUUUUUUUUUUUUUUUUUCUUUUCAAC